AUGAUAUUGUUAAAAGUCCUUCUUAUCACUAUAUUAUUGUUUGUUUCGCUUGUACUUGGUCAGGAUCACACAUUUGAGCCAAUAGCAUGUGGUGGCAAGAAUAGGACUAUUAAUAAGCCUGAGGCGUAAGUUACAACGGUAAAAACUUUGUUUACACAUUGAGAAAUUGCAAGAACUUUCUUUAUCAAAGUUUAAAACGGCAAAAACUUUUUUAUAAAACAAAAAAUAGCAAGAACUUUCUUUACAAUACAAAAAAUGACAAGAACUUUCUUUACAACAUUCAAAAUUAUGUUUUUUAAAAGUGGCAUGGCCAGAAAAAAGUUUUGUCGCCUUUUCUCAAAGUCUUUUAAGUUAAAAAACGACAAAACUUUUUUAGCUAUAACAAUAAUACAAAUUUUAGCUUAGAUCGCCUAAAUGUAUGCCUAAAAGGCCAGAUGGAGAAAGAAAAGUGUCAAAACGCGACAAAACCUGAGAUUUUGCUUCAAAAAAUAUUCAAGAUGAUCAGCCAAGGCACUGUGAAAGAUGUUAACAUAGCCAAUUUUGAGGAAUGUGCUAUAAAAGUGCAUGAGAGUGUACCGUGGGAGUAUGUUCGAGUCAUGCACAAACAUAACCAAUUUUCGACCGGUCGAAACAAGCACAAGUGUUUGUCCAUUGAGCAGGUUUGUCGGUGAGUCAUUUUUUUAUUUUUAAAUUUCAAAUUUUAAAAAUUUUUUUUAUUUUAGGUAAUAAAUUUUAAUUUUUUUAUUUUUAAAGUCAAAAAAUAGCUUAAAAAUGUCAUUUUUUAAUAGAAAAUGUUAUUUUUAGAGACAACGAACAAUUCCUUGGCCCAUUUGCCUGUUUCGUUCGAAAGCAUUGUGACAGAACGAUUGCAGAUCUUGGUUAUGCUAUGCUUUAUGCUUUCCAACAGCUCAGCUUGGAACAGGAAGGACCUAUUCGGUAAGGAUAUUAUAAUGCAGGGUAAAUCAAGGUAAGAUAGGAAAAAAGUGGACAAAGAUAAGUCAAAGAUACAACAAGGAAAGAAUAGGGCAAAGGUAGAAUAUAUAAGGUUAGAGUACACAAGGCUAUGGCAAAAGAAAGUUAGGGUAAACGUAAGAGAUGAGCAUGGCAAGGGCAAGGCAUAUUCAAAAACAAGGUUAGGAUGACGUAGGAUAGGAUGGAGUAAAACUGGGUAGUAAAAGUGGCGAAAAGUAGGGUUAGGUAAGGGUAGGGUGACAUAAGUUAGAGAAGCGUAGAGCGAGGUAGAGUAGAUUCGGCUAGGCUACGGUAAGAUAAGAUAGGUUAGGGUAGACUGGAGUAGAAUAGGAUAGGGUAGGGUAGGGUAAGGUAGGGUAGGGUAGGGUAGGGUAGGGUAGGGUAGAUUGUGACGGCCUGAUGAACAAAAUCUCAUUGCCAAUUCUUUCAGCUGCACAUCCGACCCAACAGCUUCAAAGUUUGAUUUAAAUCCAGAAGCAUAUGAACCUGACAGUGAUUUAAGUUCGAUUGAAAUUGUGAGUGAAAAUCUUUGUGAUGGAGUGCCAAAAAUCAAUGAAACGCUAUCGACCGACCACAAACACUUCUUGCCAUUGACAGUUUAUGAAAGAUUGUUGUCCAAGAAGAAGGAUUCUAAUUAA